AUGUUCAAACCCACCUACUGGAUUAAGUGGCAACAUGAGAAAUAUGGAGAGACUCGGAAACAACAGCAAGAGGACCCCUUCUACUGCGAAUGCCGUGCUUAUGGUCGUCUCAAAGAGACAAGGAAUGAAAAUCUCGCAAUUAAGACGUACGGCUACAUCAUCUUCGACUCGGAUUCCGACAAUGACGAAUUUGUUGACACGAUCAUCAGCGAUGGUGAACCUUCUACCCAGAAAGCAUUUAGGGGAAAUGAUUAUCACCGCUUUAACCCGACGCACUUGCGGGUUACAGAAGAUGUUCGUCCCGGCCGUGGAAUUGUGAAACAGCUUGUGCAGGACAAGCCGGAGUUCAGACGGUCGAUGAUUCCUCAAAUGAUGAAAGACAUCGAGAGUCUGCACAAACUUGGCAUCUAUGUUGGAGGCAAUAUUCGCGCAGACGCGUACCUGGACGGAAAACUCAUUGACUUUUCCCGCGCAUGGACUGUGCCGCAUGACCGACUAGAUGGGGAGAUGGGAUCACCAGAUGACCUGACAGGAUUCGAAGAUUUUGAAGCAUUUGACCACCUGAUCGACCGUUGGAAUGAAGAGCAUCCUCGCCAACAAGAAGGCCUUAGAAAAGAAAAAGGCUAA